AUGGCGGAGUUCCUGCCUCUUUGCGACGUACUCUUCAAUGUCAUCUCUCUGGCAGGCUACUUCUGCGACGUCGUGUUCGACGUCGUCAUGGGUUAUGCUCUGCUGGAGCGGGGCUAUAAGUGCACGUUUGCAGCCACGAUAUCUAUAGUUGUAACAUCGUUAUUAAUAUCUCAGGUGCUAUCCCUUCGUUGGUAUUUACACGUAUGGUGGGCGGGAGAAGGACGCAAGGGUCGUCCGCCAUGGUUGCCCAUACUUCUUCACUGCUUACAAGUCGGCGUACUGUGGAGAUACGCCCGCCUGCUAGUGCCAGUUGAACUACGUCGCGUUAAGCAUCAAGUACGAGACCUUUGCAUGCUGCGCUUGGUGCAUGCAUUCUGUGAGGCGGCGCCCAUGUUGCUGUUACAACUGCACAUACUGCUUAAGGAUACGACCAUCGAACCCAUCAACGAACUUGGUGUUACGCCCGAACCAAGUAUUGAUGAGCCAUCGGCGAACAAAGCGUUUGCUGAGCUGAACGUGAUAUCAGCGUCACUUUCACUGUUCUCUGUCUGCUGGGCGCUGGCCAGCUUCAGCAAGAACGUGCGGCUCCAGAACGUGCAUAGGCUAGUUCUCACUUGGCUCGGCGUCAUCUUCCAGUUCCUAUGGAGGCUAGGAACUAUCUCGGCAAGAAUUUGUGCCCUCACCGUGUAUGCUCUAGUCUAUGAAUAUUGGGUCUUUUUAGUUAUAGGUCUUCAUUGGGUGUCGAUGUUUUUAUGGUUAAUCUCCCCGAAGAACGUGUUCCACGGCGAGCGCAUCAGCCGUCCACGUAAAGCGUACCUCUCCGCGCUCAUCGCUUUCGUGUACGUCUUUGCCUACGUCAACCUGCAGGAGCUUAAUCACAGACAGAAGAUGGUAAUCUUCUACUGCGUGAUGUGCGUGGAGAACUGGCUGCUGGUGAGCGCGUGGUGGUGGUCGGGGCGCUCGGCGCGGCCCGCCGCCACCGCCGCGGCCGCCGCCGCCGCCUUCUGCGCCGGCCUCGCCUUCAUGCUGCUCUACUACAGGUACGUAGCUGCUGCACUGCAGGUGUACAGCUGCUCUACUGCGGGAUGUACGUGGAGAACUGGCUGCUGGUGA